UAGCGCGAGGCAUGCAGCACCGAGCCUACCAACCCGUCCUUCCGUGCGGAAACAAAUACCUGCAGCUGAAAUGGGACAGGACCGAUUACCAAAUGCACAGGAGCAAGGUUAAAUAUGCAAAACCAGAAAUACGCACAGACGCGCCUCGAACGUUCGGUCACCUUCAACUCAAACUAAAAAAGCUGAAGCUUGAAGAAGAACGUAUGUCUAUAAUCCAACGUGAUAACAAAACGCUCCUGGACAAGAUGUCGGUCAUAAUGAGAACAACCGGACGAAUUGACAACAAAAACGAGUAUGAGACAAGAAGUUUGAGUCGCGAGAGGCGGCAGCAGGAACUGCGCCGCGUCACGCAGGAGAACCGGGAGAUCGGCGAGCGCUUAUCGCGCUGCGGGCCGAAGUACAGCACGCGGGAGUGGCACGAGGACUGGAAAAGAGCCGAGGGGUACAGGGACAGCAUCGCCCGCUAUCCCCGCGGCGCGACCCAGACUCCAAAAUCCAUAAAACAGACCAAGGAAGGAAAGGGGGAGAAAUCUGUUAAGAAGCGGAGCAGCCGCGAGAAAGCGGAAACUGACGAGCAGAAAGCGCCCGAUGCGGACACAUAGGACGCGGAGAUCAGAAACAGCGCUGAACACGACAGAAUCACCCAGGAGUGACAUAACUGCACAUGUAUAUGGAGGAUGGGGAAAAAAACAUCGCAAGAACGGCUGUUUUUAAUUGCACUGUAAAUGCAUAAUUGUGAAAAAAUUGGACAUUAAGUAUUAACUAAAGUAUUUGCCGGCUGACACAAAUUUUAGACAAACAUGGAACUUGGCUCACAGUCGUGAGUUGAGAAUUAUGUUUCUAUCAGACAUUUUUGACAAAAAUUAGUUAUGUUGUUUAUAGGUUUAUAUAUUUAUAUGUUUGUUUAUAGCCUACUGCAUACAUGUGUAUAAACUGUUUAAAAGGAUGAAAAAAUGCUGACUCUAAGAGUCUUAUCUGUGGCCCAUUCAAUCUUUCAAACUCUGUCUCAAAACCGCAGAUAGAACCAAAUUCUCAACUCACAAGAUGCAAAACGUACAGCCGAUAUUUACAUGUUUUGUCUUUUUAAAACCAUCAUUAUUAUUGUUUAUUUGUUCUCAAUUAUUCAGCUGCACAUAACUUGUGUGAUGAGGGCUACCAUUUCUUCAUAUAUAUUUCUUUAGCAAUGUCGGAGAUACUUUUACAUUUUAUAUCUUCAAAACCAUAUAUUAUAAACCAAUAUUUUGUUGAUGUAAGAAUGUCAAUAAAAAUUGAAUUGCUUA